CCUCCUGAGCAGCAUAAGUGGAGCUCCAGUAUGAAGCAGGAGGGCCCAGAGCCCCCACACAUUAAAGAGGAGCAGGAGGAGCUGUGGAGCAGUCAGGAGGGAGAGCAGCUUCAAGGUCUGGAGGAGGCUGAUAUCACCAAGUUCCCAUUCACUCCUGUCCCUGUGAAGAGUGAAGAUGAUGAAGAGAAACCUCAGUCCUCACAGCUUCAUCAAAGACAAAACUGGAGAACUGGAGACUCUUCUGAACCUCAGACUGAAGUCAGUGUUGAUGAUUGGAAGGAGACCAGAGAACCUCAGUCAGGUUUAAACUCUCUGAGAAAUGAUCAAGGUCCUUUCAGGAGGAAACCAUACAGCUGCUCUGAGUGUGGGAUAAGAUUUUGCUUCAAGACAAGUGUGAGGAGACACAUGAGAAUUCAUACAGGAGAGAAACCGUUCAGUUGUUCAGUUUGUGGCAAAGCAUUCAGCGAUAAUGGAAAACUGAAGGUACACAGGAGAACUCAUACAGGAGAGAAACCAUUUACUUGCUCAGUGUGUGGUAAAGCUUUCAGAGAAAAUGCAAAACUGAAGAUACACAUAAGAACUCAUACAGGAGAGAAACCUUUCAGGUGUACAGUGUGUGAUAAAGCUUUUAAUGAGCAUCGCAGUGUAACAAGUCACAUGAGAACUCAUACAGGAGAGAGACCAUUCAGCUGCACAGAGUGUGGGAAAGCUUUCAGUACAGGUAGCACACUGAACACACACAGGAGAACGCAUACAGGGGAAAAACCAUUCAAUUGUGCAGUGUGUGGUAAAGAUUUCCGUGAGGGUGGGGCUCUAAGGAGACACAUGAUAACUCAUACAGGAGAGAAACCAUUCAGCUGCUCAGUUUGUCAGAAAUCUUAUACACAGAGUGGUAGUUUAUAUACGCACAUGAAAACUCACAAAGGAGACAACAGCUUCAGCUGCAGUGUUUGUGACCAAAGAUUCACUUCGUAUGAACGUCUCAGAGACCAUCAGUGUGUCGGUGGUCAGUCCUCACAGCUUCAUCAGACUCAAACUGAGGAGAACAGAGAGGCAGAGCCUCCAGCCAGCAGCUCAACUCAACACAUGGAAACAGAAGCUGAUGGAGAGGACUGUGGAGGACCAGAACCAGCCAGGAACUCACAUCCAGAUACACAUUUACAACCAGACACCGAGGACAAGACUGGAGACUCUUCUGAACCUGAGACUGAUGACAGUGGUGAUUGGAGGGAGACCAGAGAACCUCAGUCAGGUUUAAACUCUCUGAAAAAUGAUGACGUCUUUUCCAGUGAGAAACCAUUCAGCUGCUCUGAGUGUGGGAAAAGAUUUGGCUUUAAGGGAAAUCUGAAGAGACACAUGAUAACUCAUACAGCAGAGAAACCUUUCAGUUGUUCAGUGUGUGGCAAAGGUUUCAGCGAAAAUGGAAAACUGAAGAUUCACAUAAGAACUCAUACAGGAGAGAAACCUUUCAGUUGCACAGUGUGUGAUAAAGCUUUUAAUGAGCAAUGGAGUCUAACGAGUCACAUGAGAACUCAUACAGGAGAGAAACCAUUCAGUUGCACAGAGUGUGGGAAAGCCUUUAGUACAAGUGGCUCACUGAAUACACACAAGAGAACUCAUACAGGAGAGAAACCAUUCAAUUGUGCAGUGUGUGGUAAAGAUUUUCGUGAGGGUGGGGCUUUAAGGAGACACAUGAGAACUCAUACAGGAGAGAAACCAUUCAGCUGCUCAGUUUGUCAGAAAUCUUUUACACAGAGUGGUAGUUUAUACACACAUAUGAAAA